AUGACGACAGCUGCCUCAACCUCAGAAUUUGCAAGUCAUGCCGUGAUCCUCUUCUACAAGUACGUCGAAGUGGCGUCUCCACUGGAACUCAAGCAGGAGCAAGAGCAGCUGUGCAAGCGUCUGGGACUCGUCGGUCGAAUUCUGAUCAGUGUAGAAGGGAUUAACGCCACGCUCUCGAGUCCGACUCGCACAACGAUCGACGAGUACAUCGCCUGCUUGUGCACGCACGAGACUCUUUGUAUGCGCCGUGAGGACUUCAAGCACAGUGUCUAUCUAAACGAGCAGCCACCGUUUGUGGGGCUCAUCGUCAAGCACGUCAAGGAGAUCGUGUCGACUGGCGGCAUCGUCGCUCGGCCCGAUAUGUCGGUAUCCGACGAAGACCGAGGGUACUUGACACCGGAGCAAUUCCAUAGUGCACUACAAGAGGCAGAGAAGGAGACAGUGGUGCUGGACGUUCGGGCACACAAGGAGUUUCUCGUAGGCCACUUUGAAAACGCGGUGGACCCCAAGGUGAAGAACUUUUCCGAGUAUUACGCGUUUUUGCAGCACCGAGUGGACGAGAUGAAGGACAAGAAAGUGCUCAUGUACUGCACGGGUGGCAUUCGGUGUGAGAAGGCGUCCAACUUUUUGCGCAGUCGAGGCGUAGCCGACGUGCACCACCUGAAAGGGGGUAUCCACAAGUAUCUCGAGACGUAUCAAGACGGAGGUUUUUUUCGAGGCAAAAACUUUGUGUUUGAUAAGCGGGUUCUCAUGACAGCACACAAGCGCAAUGAGAUUGUCGGGAAAUGCAUUGAGUGCCAGGCACCCUACGAUGAAUUCAGCGGACGAAAGGUGUGCACUGUAUGCCGUGACCUUGUGCUAGUGUGCGACAGCUGCUACUACACUCGUUAUGGUGAGGUGCACUGCACGGAUCACCAGUAUCUCAAACACUGCUACGUCACGUUUCUUCAGUACGUGCCGCGCUCGGAGCUGCUGGAACAGCAGAAGGCCCUUGAUACGAUUCUUGCAGGGCUCCUGGCAGACAAGACCAGUAGUAAGAACAAACGCCGCUCUAUCCGCAAUCAGCUGAACAAAAUCAAGGCUCGAGUGGAGGCGAUUGAUGCCGACCCGGAAGCUGCAGCUGCGAUAUUGGCACUAGAUCCGCGCCCCAUCCACUGCCGAACCUGUGGUCUAGCCACCUGUUUAGGUAACUGCUGGGGCUUUUGGAGCGACGAAUUGCUGCCUGAGCCUGAAAAAAAUAAAGUACCCACCUAG